CAGAAGUCAUAAUAGGUAUUACAAACUUUGCCUAUAUCAGAACUGAUGCACUAAAAAACAUCGCAGAGCGAUAACUUAUGACAAAAGUACUUAAAUACUAAAUUAAACAAUAAUAUCCUCCUAAUUUAACGUUUAUUUGCCAUAGUUAAGUGAACUUCUGUAAAGAACUGUGCGUUUUAUGUGAAUUAACAUAAAAUCUGUGAUUAUUAUUAUUCGAUUUAAUGUUCAAAAGUUUUAAUAAAUUAAAAUGACCCUAACAGAGAAGGAGUGGUUUAUAGAAGCGCCGUGGGGUCGUUUGUGUGUUGUAGCUUGGGGUAACUCCAUUAACCCACCGGUGCUGGUGUGUCAUGGCAGCUGGGAUUCCAUUGCCAGUUUCAGGCGGCUCAUCAAGCUUUUACCCCAAAAUUUCUAUUACAUAGGUUUCGAGUUACCUGGAUGUGGGAAGUCGGAUGCGAUGCCUCCAGGGUUAAUGAUUACCGUCUUCGACCUCGUGUACAGCCUGCAGGUGGUGGUGAAACACUUUAGAUGGAAAGAAUUUGCAUUCAUGGGACAUUCACUUGGAAGUUCACUUGGUCUCCUAUACAAUAUGGCGUAUCCAAAAAAAAUAACCAAAAUGGUGUUGUUGGAUCCGGUGACAUUGGCCUUCUCUGUACCUCCAGAGGAAUUCCCGACAUGGUACAAGUUAUUCUUUUCGGAUUUCUUCAAGAAUUACAAAAGAUAUAGCUCAUUAGACGAGAAGCCGGUCUAUACGAAGGAAGUUGCGUUAAACAAAUUAAUAGAACGUAGAGGUCUAGAUUUGGACACAGCAAUGGCAAUAAUAGAAAGGUCCACUGAAGACCUUGGGGAUGGUUAUGUAAGAUUCAGCUUCGACCCUCGCAUGAAGAUGGUAGCCAGCCCGCCCAUACCAGACAAGGUCAUCAAGAAAAUGUUUACAUCAGUGAAAACUUCAAUACUAGCCAUAAUAGCUGGUAGUUCCAAAAACCAGUCUCUUUACAGCAUGACGCCAUAUUUGUUCGACGAAAACGCCUUUGUCCACAAGAAUUUUAAAUUUAGAAUCGUCGAAGGCGGCCAUGACGUGCACGCUGUGAAUCCGGAUGAAGUAGCGCCGUUUGUUAGCCAGUUCCUGCUGUACGGUGUCGCUGGGCUGGAGGCUAGCUCGAAGCUAUGAACUAAAAAAUGACAUUCAUAAACAUGGUGUUGCCAUCACACAAACCUGAUAUCUGGCAACACCAGAAAGAUAAAUAAUGAUUGCAACAUUGACCAUACAUAUUUAUUUUAUUGUAUAUAUAGUUUAAACUAUAUAGAAAUGUUUUAUUUUAUCUGUUAUAGUAAUUUAUAUUUAUACAAUUUUUAUUAUAUACAUUAAGGUGGACGGAUGAAAAAUAAAAAUAUUUUGAUUAAGUUUUUGUGUACGUUAAUAACCUUAUGAGGACGGAUAUAAGAGAUUUAUAAUACUAAUUUUAUAAAAAUAUAUUAUUAUGAAAAUUUAAAUUUAGAUACUUAUAUAUAUAUAAUUAAAAAUACUUCAGUGAUAUUAAUAGUGAAGGACACUGACGGACGGGGAAGGAAAACAUCGCGAGGAAACCUGGUCUUAUAAUUUCGAAUUAUAAGAUUAAAAUCGCCAACCCGUCUUGAGCAAGCGUGGUGAUUAAUGCUCUAACCUUGUCCGUGUGAGAAGAGGCCUGUGCUCAGCAGUGGGCUCCGAUAGGCUGAUGAUGAUGAUGAUGAUUAAUAGUGAGACGAGCGAGGUGUUAGCGAAAAGACUUUAAACCAGUGGUUCCCAACCGGUGGUCCGCGGGAUUACAAAAAGUAUUCAACACUCUUUUAAAUUUUAUUGAUAUUUUAAGAACAUAUUUUUUUUGUUACGAAAUACAAUACAGUUGUAUAUUAAUGUUUAUUUUCUUAGUCAUUCACUUUAUGUUUCUUUUACGUCGUGGUCCCAUGCGAACAACAAAGAAUACAAAGUGGUCCCUAGUCAAGAAAAGUUUGGGAACCACUGAUUUAAAUCUAUAAGUUGUCAAAAAAAAAUAUAUAAAUAAAUUUGAUAAUUUCGUA